GUAGAAGUUGGACGGAGGAAAAAUUCUGCAUCUUCGGCUCAGCGAGGUAUUUGUUUUUGCGAUUAUCUCAGUUUUAUUAAUGUAUGAUGGAUGUAAAAGGAAUAAACUCAGUGCGCCCAAAAAUGAGAUUUUCAACGUAUGAGACGUCAUCCCCGAUGGGAAAAAAUAGAAAGCCCCAGCAAAUUGUGAACCAAGGCCUGCGAAAAUCUGGGUCAGAGGAUGAAGAUGUUUGCAGUGAAGAAAUUCCUGUGGGUUUUCUUACUUCCGACAAUUUCUGUUUAGUUCAAAAGAAGAAAAAUUCUCGAAGAUCUGAAGAUCAGGGUAAUACACGCCGUUCGCCAAGAUCACGAUCAAAUUCAGGCAAAAUUAUUUUAAAUGAUGAAGCUAACUCUUUGCCCAGCAAUGGAAGGAAAACUGGACACCAUACAAGCUUCUGGACAAGAUCUAAGCAGGAUACAUGCAGGAAUGUUGAGGAGAUUCCUGGCUUCAGUCUUGGAGAAGGGGACACAGUGAACAUAACCGCAAAUGACCUUAAUUCUGUCAAUGGUUUAUGUGAGGUAACCCAGUUGAUAGAUGAUGAUAAAACUAAGCAUUGUGUAUCAUCUGAUGAAGUAAAAGAUAGCAAUAAUCUGCAGGAUGGUGCAUCUCAAAUGGACACUUUUUGUUUUAAUUAUGACGAUGUAUUAUUUGAAUUAGGUAAUGCAAAGACUGGGUUUGAACUUUUAAGGUCCAAUGAAUCUCCAGAAGAAAGCUUUGCUAAUGAGCUAUCAGAAGAUGACAAAGAUGUGCAUUAUCCUGAUGACGCUGAUUCAAAUAGUUUCAUUUCUGUAUUGGAUGCUAAUCAUUCAAAGUCUCUUAAAAAGACAAAGCGUAAGGAGCGCAAGAAGAAAAAAGGUGUUGAUGAUGAUAUAGAAGCACUGUUGUUAGAAUUAGAGUGUAGUAGUGCGGGAAGUGGAAAAGCUAAAGCUUGCAAUCGAAAUACAAAUUUUGCUGACAGUGCUUUGCAAACCAGUUUUAUUCCAAAUGUAGUUAAGGACACAAGAGAUUCUGAAGCUGCAGAAGAUUCUAAAAUUUUAAAAGAGCAAGAACUAAGCUCAAUAAAUGUAUUUUCAGCAGUAACUGCACUUGAUACUAAUGCAUGCCUGUGUCAUGAAAAACUUGAAAGUUCUGAAACUGUUGAAAGAAAAAAUCAGAUCGCUAAUGAAGAUGUCAGUACUGGGCAAGACUUCACUGUGCAAGAUGAACAUUCAAUCAAAACAACUUCCCAAAAGAAAAAAGACAGAAAAAUUAGAGAAAAACAGGAGAGGCUGGAAAAAUGGGAAACAAAUACUUCGAAAAAAAUAUGCGAAUGUUCCGAUACUGUAGUAAAAGUAGACUGUUCCACACAAGAUACAGAUGUAUCAGAUGCACUUACUGUAGAAGAAGCAAAUGAAAAGAAUAAGCUACGAGAAACUGAAAAGAAAGACAGGAAACGCCCUAGCAAAAAACAAUUGGCUGCUAUUCAAGAAGCUUUAAAAAAGGCAAAAGAGGAAGAGGAAAGGCUGAAAAAAGCAGAAGAAGCCCGACAGAAAGCUGCAGAAGAAGCUGAAAAAUUAAAACAAGAAAAAAUACGAUUAGAACAGGAAAGGAAAGAAAAAAAGAAGUUAAAGGAAAAGCAGCGAAGGGAAAAAUUGAAAGCUGAGGGCAGAUUGUUAUCGAAAUCUCAGAAACAGUCACGGGCUCGAAUGGAAGCAACUCUUGCAGCUCUGAGACAGCAAGGUAUAAAUAUACCUGAGGUAGGUGAAAAGAAACCUCAUGGCCCUCGACUGGGAAAUUAUAAACCUACAAGGAAAAGAGUGGACUCUACUCAAUCAAGCCAAAGUAGUGAUAGCCAAAUUUCUCAAGCUAAGUCAGAAAGACAAAAGUCCGAAUCUUUAUCGUCUCAAGAAUCUUAUGGAAAAGAAAGUGAUCUUCCUAGUAGUUAUGAUUCCCAAACUUCUUGGGAUUCAUUACCCGCUGAAGCUGUUUUAACUACUGAAUCAGAAGAAUGCCGUCUUAGUUGCUCUGACGAAUUUGAUUCUGAAGAAAAUUGUCCUCCCAGCAACUGUGCGAUAACGCAAGAUCUUCGCAAUAUAAAGUUAAAAACUCCACUUGCAAGUUUAGGAAAUAUCAAAAUAGAUUUGAAUUCAGGUACUAAAUCACAAACAUGCACUGUGGAGUGUGAAGGGACUCGAAACGAAGUAAAAUUACGAUCUCCAGUCGUCUGUGUAUUAGGUCAUGUUGAUACAGGUAAGACUAAAAUAUUGGACUAUAUUAGGAAAACUCAUGUUCAAGAUGCCGAAGCUGGUGGAAUAACUCAGCAGAUUGGUGCUACGAUGAUUCCUCAUGAUGCUAUAAAAGAGAAAUGUAAAAUGGUAAAAGAUUUUCAGUCUUUUGAACUGAAAAUUCCUGGUCUAUUAGUAAUCGAUACUCCAGGUCAUGAAUCAUUCAGCAAUUUACGUUCAAGAGGAUCUUCUAUCUGUGAUAUAGCUAUUUUAGUUGUGGACAUUAUGCAUGGGUUAGAAGCUCAAACACUUGAAUCUAUUAAUCUUUUGAAAAAUGGAAAGACACCAUUUGUUGUAGCAUUGAAUAAGAUUGAUAGAAUUUAUGGCUGGAAAAGUGUUAAAAAUGAUGACAUUGAGAAUGUCAUUAAAAGUCAAACUCAAUGUGUUCAAAUGGAGAUUAGGAAAAGAUGUCAAGAAAUUAUUCUUCAGUUCGCAAAUGAAUGCUUAAAUGCUGCUUUAUUUUAUGAAAACAAGGAUCCUCGAUCCUUUGUCUCUAUGAUACCUACUUCUGCUAUCACUGGUGAUGGCAUGGGUAAUGUUUUAAGUCUCGUAGCGAAAUUGACUCAGACACUGAUGUUUAAAAAAUUAAUAUUUUCUGAAGAAUUGAAAGCGACUGUACUGGAGGUGAAAGCUAUUUCAGGUUUAGGGACAACAAUUGAUGUUAUCUUGGUUAAUGGUCAUCUCCAAGAAGGUGAUACAAUUGUCCUUGCAGGGCAUGAUGGACCAGUUGUAACUCAAAUACGAUCACUUUUGAUGCCUCAGCCUCUAAGAGAAUUGAGAGUGAAAAAUCCUUAUAUCGAAUACAAAACCAUAGAAGGGGCUCAAGGUGUGAAAAUUACAGGAAAGGAUUUAGAUAAAGCAGUCGCUGGCUUACCGUUAUUUGUAGCUCAAAAUCAUAAUAAAAUAGAUAUUUUAAAAGAAGAAAUAAAUUAUUUAUUCCGAGACAGAAUAAAUUCUAUCAAAACUUCAGAAAGAGGGGUGUAUGUUCAAGCAUCUACUUUGGGUUCUUUAGAAGCACUUCUGGAAUACCUCAGUGUAUCAGAUGUACCUUACUUCGGAGUAAAAAUAGGUCCUGUGGUUAAAAAGGAUGUCAUGAAGGCCUCUAUAAUGCUUGAACAUGAUAGUCAGUAUGCAGUAAUACUCGCCUUUGAUGUCAAAAUUGAGCGGGAUGCUCAAGAACUAGCUGAUAGUCUUGGUGUCCAGAUUUUUCAUGCUGACAUCAUUUAUCAUUUAUGUGAUAAAUACAUGAAAUAUAGAGAAGAGUUGCAGAUGCGAAAACGAGAGGAAAUAAAACGUCUUGCUGUAUACCCUUGUAAGUUAAAAGUAUUGCCUCACUUUAUAUUCAGUGUGAAAGAUCCAAUAGUUCUUGGAGUUUCUGUUGAAGCAGGAACUUUGAGAGAAGGUACUCCACUUUGCGUUCCGGCAAAAGAUAAUUUAGAAAUAGGAACGGUGUCUACAAUUGAAGUCAAUAACAAAAUUGUAGACUGUGCCAAACGAGGUGAAGAAGUUUGUAUUAAAAUAGAAUCGAAAUCCAAUGAUUCCCCCAAGGUGUAUGGUAAGCAUUUUGAUCACGAGCAUCUGUUAGUUAGCCGCAUUACACGACAGUCAAUCGAUAUUUGUAAGGAACAUUUUCGCGAUGAUUUGGAUUCCUCUGACUGGCAUUUGAUAGUUGAACUUAAAAAGAUGCUUCAUAUUGCGUGAUACUUUGUCUUCAGAGCGCAUUCCAGUCCAUGUAUGAAUAUAUUAUGCACAGUGUUUUACGACAUCUAUUUUGGGCGGUUUGCAUUUUGGGCAGUAUUUUGUUUUGGCUACCAUUUAUGUCUCUGUUAAUCCAUCUGAUUUUUGGGAUUAAAUACUGUGAAGUCUUAUUUCACAUUAAAAAACACUAUUUAGUACUUUAUCCUAGUCAAAGAAAAUUUACGUCACGUUUCUUGCCACUGUACCGGUUGCUUCAUGUGCUUUUGCUUAAUAGUGCUUCAUCUCAGGUACCAGAAAAAUGUCAAAAUAGUACGAAAAGCAAAUUAAUUUUUCAGAAUUUGAUCAGUAUUAUAAAUAUUUAUAUAAAGCCAUUAAGCCAUUUUUAAUAGGAAAAACAAUUUGUUUCAUAUUCUGUUAUAAAUUUUUGAAAAAUGAAAUAUGCUGCUUGUUUUCUUCCUUCACUUUAAGUUUUGGGUCCGAAUUUUGCUUUUAGUAACUUUAAUUUAUAACUUGCUCUUAACAAAAUGAAGAAUCAGUUGAAAAUGGCAGAUUUAUGCAAAAUAAAGUAAUAUAAAUCUUGCAUUCAGGUGUAUUAAGUUAUUUGUUCUGUAAAUUUUUGUAAUUAAGGUUAUGCUAUAUUAUGUGCCAAACUGAAAUGCAUUUUAAUAAGCGAUUAAACCUGUUCAGAACGAAAAGCAGUUUUGAUGUAAAUUGAAAACUUUAAUUUCUUAUGGAUUGAAGGAAUGGGUACUAUAUAUUCUAGCUACAAACUUUAAACUACCCAAAAUGUACAGAUUAAUUUUAGUUAUAAAAUAUAUUUUGCCAGUGUUUGGUAUGGUCUAUUUUUGCAAGUUAUACGCAAAAUCGUUAUUGUUAAUUAAGAAUGGAACAUUGACACUUUACUGUGAUAAAACAUGUUCUUUGUAUCUUAUUGUUCCCCACCUGGUUGUUAAAAUUGUGCGUACUUCCUGCAAACAUAUCAGUGUUAAAUGUUCCUAUGUGCUUUAGAUUUCUCUUAACACAGAAUUCAUUAAAAAAAUAUUUUAGGAUUUUUUUUAAUGUGUGUAUGUAUUGAUUUUUUAUCCCUUUUUUUAUACGUAUUUAUUGUUUUUAUUUUGCUGGUGUUCGAUUAUGUGUUUUUUUUUUCUUUUUUUUGGGGGGGGCGAGGGCGAGUGCUGUUCCAUACAGAGUUAAAACGCCAUCUAGGUAGAACUGAGAAAAUAUCUUUCUGAAUGAAAAUUUAUAGUUUUUUAAAAAUAAAUCUCUAAAAAUCCUGCUCAUUUGUACACUGCUUGAGAUGAGUUAAAUUGUGCUAAAUGCUUUUGUAAUGGAAUGCUUUUGUGUGCAAGUUUUGUAUUAAGAAAGAUAAUAAUAAGAAAAUGCAUAAAUCUGCACAUUUAUUUAUAGAGCAGUGCAUGUGUAAUUUAAAUUGUAAAAGUAAUAUUGCUUGUUUUUUCAGUAUAGGAAAAUUAAAUUUGACAGAAGUACUGGAAGUAUGUAUUUUAUGGAAGUAUCUGUAAUUUGUCAAUUUACAAUAUAUUUGAAUGAAAUUUAUGAAUUGUAUAGAUUUCACACUCAUCCAUGAAAACUAAUGGAACGAAUUUUUUUAGUCUUUUCAGAGGAAAGGGUAGUAACUACCAUUAUUUUAGUUUUUCAGGUAGGUGUAUAAUAACGUGGCAUGAACAGAAAUCUGCUUGUUCAUAUAUUUCAGAAAGUUGUAUUUACAAAAUUAUUUAUUAUUAUGUAAAAAUUAAAUUUGAAUGCUUGUGCACUGAAGCUGAUAAUUUAAUUUCAUUUCCUUUAAAAAACACCGGUGCAGCUUAUUUAUUAUUGUUUAUGCUGCACAUUUACGCAGUUUCUGUUUAAUAAUUAUCAUUAAUAGCAAUUUUUUAAAAAAUUAGAAAUUUAUAAGUGCGAUAAAUUGCUUUGUUAAUCAGUUGUGUAAAUUUCUGAAGCACAGUAACUGAAGAAAUAAAAGCUGGUUUUAUAGAAGUAUCUUAGUUCGGAUUUACAUGAAAUUUACUCACAUUUGAUAGGAAUUUCAUUUGAUUUUUGUUAAAAUAAAUAACUAUUGACAUCGGCAAUUUAUCUCUUAUUUAGAAAAUUCUCAUAUGUCAUUUCGUAGUGAAAUUUAUCAUAUAAAUUCCAUUUUUAUCUUGAUUUUUGAAUUCUAUGUUUGCAUGAUUAAAAUAAAUACUUCAGAGUUUGCUUAUUGCAUGGAAAAAUUUGUGAUUAAAUCUUCUGACUGCAAUGUUAAAAUUACCAGGUUGAAAUUAGAUUUAUAUAAAUUUAUUUUAUGUUAAAAACCUCAAAGCAAGAAUUUAAAUUUUUUGUUAUUUUUGGCAAUUUUGUGUAACUUUAUGUGUAUUCUGUGAAUAACUUUUAAUGACAGGAUGUUAAGUACAUGACUAAGUUUUUGGGUAUUGUUUGGGUUAAUAAACUUUAUAUACAAAUGUGUUAGAAUUAAUUAUGAAUAGCUUUGCAGCUAUUGAGUUUAUAUAGUGUACGAAGUGGUGUGAAGUGAAGCCAAAUCUGCUAUUAUAUUUGAUUCACUUUUGUACUGCCAAAACUUUUUUCUAUUGUUAUAAUCAUCUGUCCUCCCUUAGCAAUAAUGUUCAUCAAGGGAGAAUGUAAAGAAUAUUUAUCACAUGUAAAUGAACAUAUUUUUCAGAAUAAAAUUAAUAAAAUAUAUAACAA